AUGGCCUCAAUCACUUGUUCUAAUUGCAACAAAGUUGGCCAUAGAUACACCAACUGCCAUGAUGCUUUGAAGCCUGCACUAGCCAUGAGAAAGAACAUGCCUGAGCCAAGCAGCAGUUCUUACCCACCUGAUGCUGCUACUACUGCCUCUUCUGCUGCACCAACACUAGCGAGGAGGGCUUCAUCUUCUGCCACUACACCAGCACAAGCAAGGAGGGCUCCAUCUUCUGCCACUACAGCAGCACAAGCAAGGAGGGCUUCAUCUUUUGCCACUGCACCAGCAGCAAUGAUGGCUCCAUCUUCUGCCAAUGCACCAACACCAGCAAGUAGGGCUUCAUCUUGUGCCACUGCACCAUCAAGUAGAUCUGCUACUGCUGCUGCAAAGGGUAAGGCACCAGCAAACAUGGCUUCAACUGCUGCUACAAAGGGAGCAAGGGCAGCUUUCUUGCCUCCAAGACCAAACAGUGGUUCCCAGAGAGUCAGGAAGCCAACCCAGAAAAUAAAGGACUACUUGACUGCUUCUGGUGCAGCAUGA